AAAUAAAUAAAUUAAAAAAAAAACAAAACAAAAGACUCUUUCAUGCACUGCUUGCCAAUUCCUUUGCUAAUAUCCUUUUCUCUCUCAAAAGACAGGGUUUUUCACUCCUUUAACAUAACGCCAAACAACGCUCUUCUCUAUCUCUGUCCAUUUUCUUUUACUUUUGCCUUCUGGGUGACAGAGGCCAUUGACAAAAAAAGAAAGUUUCCAUCUUUUUUUCUUUGCUUUGUGAGUGGCUGAUGUUGGGGUUCUAAAGAGUUGGAGACGGAGAAAAAGAAAGAAGAAAAGAGAGAGAGAUGGGUUCAUGUGUAUCAGUACAUAAGAGCUCUCAAGAGUCAGCCAUGGAACUUGGGCUUUCUUUUGGGUCUAAAACAGAAAAGCUUAUCAUUCCACCUUCAACUCUUAAAGAGAAACCUAUUGCCAAUGGUAGUAAAGAUGAAACUUUUUUUGAUUCCCGAGCAUGGCUAGAUUCAGAUUGUGAGGAUGAUUUCUUCAGUGUCAAUGGUGAUUUCACUCCAUCUGGUGGUAAUACACCAGUUCAUCAUAGCUUCUCUGCGAGGACACCUCAAGUUAACAAGGCCACUGAGGAAGGAUCACCUGGGUUAGUUUCUGAAUCAUCCCCAACAGGAAAGAAAAAGAAGCUGGUUGAACUAUUCCGAGAUAACAUUAGAGAAGACCAAGAUGUUAAUGAGCUAAAUACGUCAAGCAGCCAGGACAUUACCAAUGGAAAGAUGGAAGUCAAACCAACCAUCCGAAACAUACUACCUCCAAAAUCUUCAGAUGGUACCCCUUAUGUCUCUGGAGCUAACUCCUUGUGCAGUAGUGAUAGGACCGCAGAUGGAGAUAACCCUAUUUUUAUGGAGAAGCCUAGGUCUGCACAGUGUUGCCUUCCAAGGUUGGUUUCGUGCAGUAGUUUUAGUGAGAGGAAGAAGAAGAUGAUGAGCCCUGCAAUAGCUGUAAAUGAUAAGCCUUAAUUUCCAUCCAUUUACCAAGCCUGGAUCCCGACUCCCAGAGCUCAUGUGCUGGAGACCUCAAAUUUUUGUGAGAUUUAAUGAAGUCUUGGCGUCACUGUUACAUAGGCAUGUAAAAAGCAGCCCAGUAACUGUUUUGAUGCAGAACUCUUACUAGGAUUUCACCAUCUCAUUCAACCUGAGGGUGAAAAUUUUCUUUUCCACAGGAAGUCUAUACAUAACAGGUGUCCUUUAAUAAAAAGGCAAAAGAAUCAAAGGAAAAAUCGUAAAUGACCCUUGUAAUGAAUAUAUUAUUAUUAUUAUUAUUUUAUGCAACUGAGGUUUUAUGUACAGGCUUAGUUCUCGUUGCUGUU